UUUUGAUUUAUCGCACUUGUUAGGUUUAUGUUUAUCAUUUUAUAUGACCUCAGCGCGAUAAUUUGUUUUUUUUUAAUACUUAGAUUAUGAUUUGCGUAUGAGUUGCGGAGAAGUUAGUGGUUUAUUGACAAUUGUUUGUAAAGCAUGUGGAAGCUGAACAUCUUGCGGUUGUUGGCGGUGACCAGUUUACUUUCAGUAUGUCGAGGCGUGCGUCUGUCACCGCAGACGCAGACUACGGGGUCUACUCUCCCGCCAACCACAUCGAUGUCGCCGGUUCCUCUCACUAUCCUGCAAGAGCCGCCAACCCAGCCGUCACCACCCGUCUGCGCCGAUGCUACUGAUGUCAACAACCCGCUCGGCAGACUCCGCAGUGCCAUGAGGAACUCUGCUUACACGCAAAUGAAUGCGUACUUCGAUGCCUUCAUUAUAUUCUAUACGGAUGAGCACUUGAGCGAAGAGCCUCUAAAGCCGGAGCGUCGAUUAGAAUACAUCAGCGGUUGGGACGGAGCCGGCACGGGGGCUGUGCUCGCUGACGGCGGCUCUGCGAUCUGGGUACCCUCAGGAGAAGUGCGGCGAGCGCGGUCCAUACUCACGUGCGCUUGGCUGGUCAUCGAUGCUGAUGACCCGAGCCAGCCAACCAUCCCUGAAUGGAUAUCGGAACGGCUAGCUCGCACCGGCCGCGUCGGAGGAGACGCUCGCCUGACUUCUGUCGGCGAAUGGCAAGCCCUCUCCACAGCACUUCAACGAGAGGGACUACAGCUUGUGCACAUACCUACUCUAUUGGACCAGCUGUGGACCGAAGAACCGGACCCUGAUCGCAGAAGGCCUGACUUCCCGAAAACCGUUGCCAAGAACUAUGAGAUCGAAUUUGCUGGUGUAACUUGGCGCGACAAGGUAGCAUUGGUUCGGAACGAAUUGCGGGCUGUUGGAGCUGAUGCCAUGGUUGUGACCGCUCUGGACGAGGUAGCCUGGCUGCUGAACGUGAGGGGAAGGGACCUGCCAUAUGCCAGGCUACUGACAGCAUUCGUCGUGAUCAGCUUACGAGAAGUGAAGGUUUUCGUGCCGCCGGGAAAGCUCUCGUUACCGGUCCGGGACACGCUAGCCGUUUACAAUUGUUUUAAUAAUAAUUGUACAAGGGUAAGCGAAUAUACCAGCAUCUACUCCGAGUUACGACGAACAGCUGACUCCAAGAUCCUCAUACCAGCAGCGGGCACGUUCCAACGGGGAGCAUCGGCAGCCAUCGCCCAGAGCAUUCCUCCAGCCAAACGAAUGUUCCUACUGUCCCCCAUAAUAUACUUGAAAGCGCAGAAGAAUGAGGCAGAAGUCAAUGGCAUGAAAAAAGCGCAUAUACGGGAUGCGAUUGCUAUGUGCACUUUACUCAGUUAUCUAGAGAGUAAAUCAGCACUAAGCGAAAUAUCGGUGGAAAAGACGGUGGAUUUAACCCGCGACACGCAGGCGGGUUACGUUGGACCCUCUAUGAAGACGCGAGUGGCGUACGGAGCGAACGCCGCCGACCCUGACUAUCGUGCCACUAACAUGUCCAAUAAACUCAUCUUCAAGAAUGCUACGCUUGUUAUUCAGUCUGGAGGACAGUAUGAUGAGGGGACAACGGUCGUAACCCGCACAGUACACUACGGAUCUCCAACACGUGCUGAACGCAGUGCAUACACCACAGUAUUACGGUCGCUGGCUGCACUGGCAGGGUUGAGGGUACCGGCUGCCGUGCCAGCAGCACAUGUGGACCCGGUUGCGAGGGCCCCGCUGUGGGCUGCCAAGCAAGACUAUCCGCAUCCUACAGGUUAUGGGGUGGGCGCCGCGCUUAAUCGUAAAGAAGAUCCAGUUGUUAUUGACUACAGACAAGACACAAAUCUACAUACAUUGCGAGAAGGAUACUUCAUUACAGCCGAACCCGGCUGGUACGACCCGGGCAAAUUCGGAGUGCGGUUGGGGAAUAUUCUAGAAGUGGUACCUAAACCUAAUGGCUUCUUAGGAUUUAACGAAGCCACUUUAAUACCUUACGAGCCGAAGUUGAUCGACAAGAGUAUGCUCACUGAAUACGAGAUCCAAUGGUUAAACUGGUACAACGACCGAAUAAGGAAAGAAGUCGGACCCGAGCUGAAAUCCCGCGGCCUCACCGAUGUCUACUACUGGAUGAUGAACAACACCAUACCCAUUGAACUGCCUUCUAAAGCCAAGAAGCUAGUCAGCAACUCUGCUGACCAUUGCCACAUGGAUCUGGCUACUGCUCUUCUUGUACUAGCCACGACACUGAUGCAGGCCGUUGCGUAAAAAGUUUUUAUAAGCCGAACAACAAAAUCAUUUCAUCUAUGGCAACACUGAUAACUUUUCUAUUUCAAAUCAUAUUUAUUACUUUAUAAAUGAACUAAAAGUAUUUUAGAAAUUUGUUACAUAUCGUAGAGUAGAUAGCAAUUUCUAGAUAUUUAUAUAGUAGUUAUUAAUUGUUACAUAGAGUGCCUUUGUGAGUACGAAUGUCAUAUCCAAAAUGGUGCCUUUACCUAACGCAAUGUUUUAGCAAUAUUGUUGUGUAUGUGAAUGUUGUUCAUUUGCUAUUAUUGUGAAAGUGUUUAGGUAUUAUGUGGCAUUUAUAUGUGAUGUUUAUAGCAAUAAUAUAUUGUUAACAGAUUUAUUCAUGUGUUGAUUUCAGAAUUCAAGAUGUCCUAACGGAGAAAUAUUCUAUGGUUUUAAAAAUGUUGAAAUAUGAAAAUAAUAUUAAUUGAAUUAUUUAUAUUAUUUGUUGAAAUGUAUGGUAUUAAUUUGUACAAAUAAAAAUGUGUUCUAUGAAGUUACUUGACAUACCUAGUCUUAGUAGCCAUUAUUUCUGAAUUCUAUGAAGAAUUUAACGAAAUAAAUCAAGCACCGAGUGCCUUAUUGAAAUGUAGUCUGUAAAAAUGCUUCGAAAUAAAAUGUGUAGGAUAUUCUAAGUAAUCGUGUAAAUAAGUUUCAUUUUAAAAUUAAUGUUAUAAUCACUUGUUGUGUUGUCUGUCGUAACGACAAAAAAUAUAUCUUAGAAAUCACAAUUUAUAUAAUGUAAUCUUUUAUUUAUCGUUUGCACUGUAAGACUUUAAAGUAUCACUAAUUAAUACAUAUUAUUAUUCGUAACGGUAAGUAGUUAUUUGUUAAUUAAAUAUAUUUGUGUGAGCUGUGUAUAUUUAGGUGAUAAUUUAUACAUGUCAAAUACUGGCCAAUUAUUAAAUUACUAUCAUAACAUGGCAAUCCUCUUAACAUUGCCAUAUAUAACAAGCGCCAGUGUUGCCAUUAUCACCUAAUAAAUACUACGGUAUUAAUUAUACUAUUACGUAGAAGUGUAUGAAGUACAAUGUACGUAUAGUCUUGCUUCACUGCCAAUUAUGCAUAUCAUUUAAUCGGGCAACAUAUAAAUAAAACUUAUGAUGAAUUU